GACUCGGGUUUACGAAUUGAGACUCGCAGAACCAGCUCCAGUUAUAGGCGGCGGUCACCUCCCUUCUCUCCCUCAGAUCUGCUUCUUCGGCUAUCAUAAAUUUUGAGCUUGAGUAAAAUGGAGACCUUCCUAUUCACCUCCGAAUCAGUGAAUGAGGGACACCCUGACAAGUUGUGCGAUCAGAUCUCUGAUGCAGUGCUUGAUGCUUGCCUACAACAGGACCCUGACAGCAAGGUUGCUUGUGAGACUUGCACCAAGACCAACAUGGUCAUGGUCUUUGGAGAGAUCACAACCAAGGCCAAUGUAGAUUAUGAAAAAAUUGUGCGUGACACGUGUCGGGAAAUUGGAUUUGUAUCUGACGAUGUGGGUCUAGAUGCUGACAACUGCAAGGUCCUUGUCAACAUUGAGCAGCAAAGUCCAGAUAUUGCCCAGGGUGUCCAUGGCCAUCUCACCAAGCGGCCUGAGGAGAUUGGUGCUGGUGACCAAGGCCAUAUGUUCGGCUAUGCCACCGAUGAGACUCCGGAGCUGAUGCCCCUUAGCCAUGUCCUUGCAACAAAGCUAGGUGCCCGCCUCACUGAAGUCCGCAAGAAUGGCACCUGCCCAUGGUUGAGGCCUGAUGGUAAAACCCAAGUAACUGUGGAAUACCACAAUGAUGGUGGUGCCAUGGUUCCAAUCCGCGUACACACUGUCCUCAUUUCCACCCAGCACGACGAGACUGUCACCAAUGACGAGAUUGCAGCUGAUCUCAAAGAGCAUGUCAUCAAGCCUGUUAUUCCUGAGAAGUACCUAGACGAGAAGACCAUCUUCCAUCUUAACCCAUCUGGCCGUUUUGUGAUUGGUGGGCCUCAUGGUGAUGCUGGUCUCACUGGCCGCAAGAUCAUCAUUGACACUUACGGUGGCUGGGGUGCUCAUGGUGGUGGUGCCUUCUCUGGGAAAGACCCCACUAAAGUUGAUAGGAGUGGAGCUUACAUUGUUAGGCAGGCUGCAAAGAGCAUUGUGGCCAAUGGGCUGGCUAGGAGGUGCAUCGUGCAGGUGUCUUAUGCUAUUGGUGUGCCUGAACCCUUGUCAGUUUUCGUGGACACCUAUGGUACUGGAAAGAUCCCCGACAGGGAGAUACUCAAGAUUGUGAAGGAGAACUUUGAUUUCAGGCCCGGGAUGAUUUCCAUCAACCUUGACCUCAAGAGGGGUGGCAAUGGCAGGUUCUUGAAGACUGCUGCUUAUGGGCACUUUGGCAGAGAUGACCCUGAUUUCACAUGGGAGGUGGUAAAGCCCCUCAAGUGGGAGAAGACGCAAGCGUAAUCUCAUUUACUGGGACGCUGUUAGCUUGUUGCUUUGCUUCGUUAUAUCUGCGAGUUUAAGUUCUUUUUUUCAUUUUUAUUCGAUUUUGCGUCUUCCUCUUAAUUGAUGCUAUCAAAUGUUUAACUGAAGGGUUGAAAGCAAUUUUAAAAGAAUAAUAUGCGUUUUCUUUUGGGAUGCACGCUAUUUUCGGCUGCUGAGGAAAUAAUAAUGAUAUAUCAAAAUGAGAAUUUUUAAA